ACCAUGUUGAACCAUCUCAUCUCUCUCUAGUCCCUCCACACUCUACCCCACAUCCUCCAGAGGGCGGGGCCAGAAGAAAGUUGUCCGCUCGUGGGCGCGCGAAGCUUCAAUAUCAACCGGCGCAGCCGAUGUAACGGUGUUGGAUUCCCACUCUCACAUCGCCGACCAAUCCCGACCUCGCUUCUGUCUUGGAUCCUUGCCACUUCGUACAUCAACACGCGAAAUAUCGACCGAGCCGAAGCUGAAAAAUGCCGUGGAGGCUGCGGCGCGAGUCGCUUCCAGAGCCCUCGCCUCGGGCCUGAAGUCACCGACAUGCGACGUCCAUGAUGUUGGAUUCCGCCGUCUGGACCAAGGGCCGUCCGUUUGCGCCGAGUGACAUUUUUAGAAUGCGGGGUGAUCAAGCAGGGCCAAGAGGUGAGGUUCACUUGACGACGCGAUCUUCCCAUUAACCGGUUAUCCGCGCGAAAUGUGCGUGCUUCUACCUCCUCCUCAUCCUCCUCCACCCCUCUUGGCUGCCCGGAUCUCGCAAGUCGCAAUCGUUGUUACGCGACCAUGGCAGCAAAUCCCCCCUGUCCGUCAACCUUGGCUGGGAUCAUCUUAGGACGGAGCAACGAAGCUCAACAGUGCUUAUAAAGUUGCCGUCCCUCUCUAGACGGGUGGAUGGUUCCUUUCUCUUGCCACCCUUGCGUCUUUGCAACCCCCCCAAAUCACAAGCAACCGGGAAGCAAGAUGGUGUCACUCAAGUCGGCCCUCUUGGCCGCGACCUACGCCGUUUCGGCUGCUGCCGUCGACAUCACCGUCAAGGCGUCUGGUGGCAACGCUACCAGUGGCCACCAGUACGGUUUCCUCCACGAGGACAUCAACAACUCUGGUGACGGCGGCAUCUAUGCCGAGUUGAUCCGCAACCGAGCCUUCCAAUUCAGCCCGAGGUUCCCCGUUUCCCUCGACGGCUGGCACCCCGUCAACGGCGCCAAGUUGACCCUCAAGAACCUCAGCGAGCCCCUCUCCGCCGCUCUCCCCGUCUCCGUCAACGUCGCCGGGGGCAAUGGCUCCGGGUCCAUCGGUAUCAAGAACGACGGCUACUGGGGCAUGGAUGUCAAGGUGCAGAAGUACACCGGCUCCUUCUGGGUCAAGGGCGCCUAUGACGGCGUCUUCACCGCGUCUCUGCAGUCCGCUCUGACCGACGACGUGUUCGGGUCCGUUGAGAUCCAGUCAAAGGCCUCGGCCGAUGAGUGGGUUGAGCACGAGGUCGAGCUCAUCCCCGAGAAGGAUGCUCCUAACAGCAACAACACUUUCGCUGUCACUUUUGAUCCUGCGGGCGCUGCCGACGGUUCGCUCGACUUCAACCUAAUCAGCCUGUUCCCUCCCACGUACAAGGGCCGUAAGAACGGUCUGAGAAUCGAUAUUGCCGAGUCCUUGGCCGGUCUGCAUCCGAGUCUGCUCCGAUUCCCCGGUGGCAACAUGCUCGAGGGUCUGGACAACAAGACCUACUGGGACUGGAAGGACACCCUCGGCCCCCUCAAGGACCGCCCCGGCUUCCAGGGUGUUUGGGGUUACCAACAGACUCACGGCCUGGGUCUCGUCGAGUAUCUCGAGUGGGCCAAGGACAUGGACAUGGACGUUGUCAUUGGUGUCUGGGCAGGCCUUGCUCUCAACGGCGAUGUCACCGCCAAGGAGGACCUCCAGCCCUUCAUUGACGACGCCCUUGACCAAAUCGAGUUCAUCCGCGGCCCUGUCGACUCCAAAUGGGGUGCCCGCCGCGCCGAGCUCGGCCACCCGGAGCCCUUCACGCUGGAAUACGUCGAGAUCGGCAACGAGGACUGGCUCGCCGGCUACCCCGGCGGCUGGACGUCCUACAAGGAGUACCGCUUCCCCAUGUUCAUGGAGGCCAUCAGGGCCAAGUACCCGGACAUCACCGUCAUCUCCUCUGGGGCGACCACGGACGGCGACGGCUUCGACAUCCCGGCGCCCGGCAUCGGCGACUACCACCCGUACCGCACGCCCAACGCGCUCGUCGACGAGUUCGACCGCUUCGACAACGACAUUGGCCACAUUGUCGGUGAGGUCGCCGCUACCCACCCCAACGGCGGCACCGGCUGGGACGGCGACCUGAUGCCCUUCCCCUGGUGGAUCGGCACCGUCGGCGAGGCCGUCUCCCUCAUCGGCUACGAGCGCAACGCCGACCGCAUCCCCGGCACCUUCUACGCCCCCGUCCUCCGCAACAUGAACCGCUGGCAGUGGGCCGUCACCAUUGUCCAGUUUGCCGCCGACCCGGCCCUGACCACCCGCUCCACCAGCUGGUUCGUCUGGGAGCUCUUCGCCGCCCACCCGCUCUCCCACACCCUGCCCACCGUCGGCGACUUCGGCCCCGCGUACUGGGUCGCCGGCAAGAACGAGGCCAAGGGCAGCCUGAUCUGGAAGGGCGCCGUCUACAACACCACCGACAGCGCCGACGUCGACAUCAACGUCCAGUUCGAGGGCGUCACCGCCGGCACGACCGCCUCGCUGACCGUUCUCGCCAACCCCGGCGGCGACCCCUUUGCGUACAACGACCCCCACACCGGCGUCAACGUCGUUGCCAGCAACACCACCACCGUCACGGCCAACGAGGACGGCAUCUUCGCCUUCAGCCUCCCCGAGCUCAGCGUCGCCGUUCUCGACACCAAAGGCUCGACGGGCGGAUGCAGGACCGCGCGGUCUCUUAGACGCUUCCAAUCUUAGUAAAGGAUAACCAAGAUAAAUGGCAUGAUGGAAGCCCAUGUGUAAGCUUGAAAGGUGACUCUGACUACGAGUAACUUUGUAGAGUUGCACAUAGUAAUGAAUUACAAGAUUACCGG